AUCAUUACUGAUAUCUGAAGCUAGUAUACUUGGUCUAGAUAGCUUUUGAGACCUUGGGACAGCGCCAUCAACUCACAUUGUUCGGCGCACAGACUGUUCACACAGUAUUAUCUGUUUUGCCUAUGGCUAUCAUAACCAUACAUAUCAUUGAAUAAGCUUACUGACCUCCUAGGGUGCUUUGGCGAAGUGCCCUGCAGCCCAGCUUUUAUAGACAGAAGGCAGCCGCUACCUGGCUGCGAGCAAGCAUACAGAUAUGCCUUAACUGGAAACAAAACGUCUGUACACCCGAAAGGCUCGUUCAGCGGCGUAUAAGCAAUGGCUCUCCUCGCCUCCAAGAAGCUUGAUGGCUCAGCCCCGGUGCUCCCAUACAUCUCACCUCUACAAGACCGGAAGAAUGUUGAAGCGACGACAUAUGAUGCAGCGGCAGAGGGCCUUACGAAAGCUGGAUACACUGUGGGCUGGAAUGAAGGGACACUGCAGGUCGGCGGUUCGCUGGCCCAGUCCGGAAUGGCAACGCCAACAGGUUACGACUCUAGCGGCAGGUCGAGCUACAGGCCGCGAACCUCAGGCUUCCUGUCCUUCAACCGAAGCAAGGAGGCGUCCUUACGGCCACGCACAUCUGCAUCCACCUCAGCAAAUCUAGCAGGCGUCCCCCUGUCACAGCCUUCCACGCCCACACACCGAACUCCGCGCGAGCGCUUCUCGCGCCUCGCGGCAUCUUUAGACAGCCCCAGCUUAUCGGCUCUCAUGGCGAACAUGGGUGCCCAGUCGCCGUCAGGCGCUGCGGCUUCAGGGCCAGGAGGAACAGGGCAGUUUGCCACGGGCGACGCGGAAGCAAACUUGCACCGCAGCAGCCAGUCGGCGACGCUGCCGCCGCCCGGCCGCGCCGGCUCCACGGCAAACGCGCAGCUGCCCAGCUCUUCGCAGGUGGCGGCGCAUAUGCGGGUGAAGAUCCCGUUCUCCAACCUGCGCGACAGCGAGCGGCCGGGCACGGGCAUGGCGCGGACCGCCAGCGGCACGGUCGUCCAGGUGCCGCUGGGUGUGCCGUCGCCGUCCUCGCCGCAGGCUCAGGCGCAGGCCUUCAAGGCCUCGCGCGGGCAGACGCUGAUGGUGUUCAAUGAGAUGGACAGCGAUAAGAACGGCAAGGUCACGCGGAGCGAGCUGGAGGCUGCUGCUCUGUCGUUGGGCUUUUCGCUGGAGCAGGCGCACCGGCUGUGGGACCGCCUGGACAAGCGCAAGCGGGGCUUCCUGGAGGCUGGCGACUGGGGGUCCAAGGACGCCAUCAGCUACAUCCAGCUCUUCUCCACGCGGUACAUGCAGAAGUACAUGGGCGUUCCGGACAUAUGCGCCACGCUGGAGCAGGUCCGCAAGUACAACCGCGCGCAGGAGCUGCUGGAGGUGCAGUCGCUGACGGCCGCCAUCAACAAGGCGCGCGCUAACGCCAUCUCUCGCGGCAUGCAGCUGGCGGGCGCCACCGGCAACCCCAUCUACGACACGUUCCAGUUCAUGGACGUUGACAACAGCGGUGCGCUGUCCAAGGAGGAGAUCCGUGACGCCUUCUUUGCGCUGGGCGUGUUCCUGCCCGACUCGGUGGUGGCGCAGAUCAUGUCGACCUUCGACAAGGACGGGAGCGGGCUGGUACAGUACCACGAGUUCCAGCGCACGAUGUUCCCUGGAGCAAACGGUCGCUCGUGAGGAGCUGGAGUGCUGGAGCAGCAUCAGUUUGCCUGUGCGUCCCUAAUUGGCCGUGUGAACAUUGUUACCUCGGAUUCAUUACAAUGAGCAGUACUUUGAUAGGCGUUUACUGGGCAUGUAUUGGGUACUCAUGCUGGCUGGCGGUGAAGGUAGUGCCUGGGUGGUGGUUCAUGCUGGGCGGCCCUGGGCUGGUGGACACUUAAGGUGGUAGCCGUGAAUCGAUAGCCGGCGUUACGCGGCAGCAGCCGCGCAAGUGCGCCGCGCACCACCUGUAUGGAUGGGUGAAGCGGAAGGUCGUGCUGAGGAAUGCGGAUGCGCGGGUGGAGGCGUGUCAUGGAGUGAAAUAAGUGUCGUUCAGUUAAGAAGUAUUCAGUGUAUGUGUAAGCAUGCAUUUGUUGGAGACUCAUCAACGGGGCCGGCGAGCCCUGGGGCGACGGACUCUUGGAUCCGGCCUUCGGAGCAGCAACUCGUUUCAUGCGAGUUGUGCACUGCCCGCUACCUCAGAGUGAUUUUUAUUAUAUUGAUUA